GAAAUGAUGCUGCGACCCAUAAAAAUCCAACUCCAAUGCUGCUCUCUCUAUAUAAGCUCAAGUUUCUUUCCAUUUUCCAAACUGACAUGGUUUGCUUGGACAUCCACACAGAAAGCCAGUACAUAGCUUCUAGUUCCUGGCUGAAGAGGAGCACACCUUCGGAUGUCUAUUAUAAAUACAUCCGCUCCCAGCAACGAGAUUCUUAUCAAGCUUGGUGCCCGAGGGAAUCUGCCGCUUGGAGUUGAGAAAUGGGAUGAGGUGUUCAAUGGAAAGCUCAGGCAGAUUCUAAUUUCGCAUGGAGAUGCCAUCAACUCCAUCCAAGUGUCAUAUACUGACGGAUCAGGGACAUUAAUUCUUGCUCCCAGGCAUGGAGGAGAUGGAGAUAAAUUCGAUUGUGUUGAUCUAGAGUCCUGGGAGACUCUGACCAUGGUGCCGGGAUACUACGGGCCCGUGAGAGGAAACAAUGCAGGUGCUGCUGUAAGAUCGCUCACUUUUGGCACCAAUGGAGCCACGUAUGGACCGUUCGGCAUCGAGGAGGGGACACCAUUUCGUUUCAAUAUUCCUUCUGGUGUUUCUUUCGGGGGUUUCCAUGGGGGUUCCGAUAGCGGCUAUCUUCGUGCGAUCGGCAUAUACAUCAGAUCCAUCGCUAGAUAUCAUCUCGAGCCAUUACCCGAACGAGUUAGUUUUUCACGCUCCACUUAUAAUGUAUAUUAUUAUUAGAGGAGUUAAUAUCGUUAUUCACGCUCCACUAUAAUAUUAUUCGGUGUAAACUUCCUAAAGUGAGUUAACUGCUGCAUCCCAUGAUAAAUUCAUGGAUAAAUAAAUUUCUGUUCGAUGUAA